CUCACUAAUCACUAGGCGUAGGCGAGCACGAGAUUAUCACUGUUACUUUUUUCGUUUUCGAGCAAGCAAAGCGAGCUAGCAAUCCGAGCAAUGGAGAAGGCCGCCUCCUUCCUCUCCUCGCUCAUCGGCGGCGGCGAGGAGCUGCCGGAGCCGAAGGCGACGGUGAGGUCGAUCCUGAUAUACCCCAUCAAGUCCUGCAGGGGCAUCUCCGUGCCCCAGGCCCCAAUCGCAUCCACUGGGUUCCGGUGGGAUCGGCAGUGGGUGGUGGUGAACUCCAAGGGGAGGGCCUGCACGCAGAGGGUGGAGCCCAAGCUCGCGCUGGUGGAGGUUGAGAUGCCGCCGGAGGCAUUCUCCGAGGAGUGGCAGCCAACCCCCGACUCCUACUUGGUUGUAAGAGCACCUGGAAUGGACCCAUUGAAGAUCCCUCUCAGCGCUGAACGAGCCACGGUUGAUGAUGUCUCUGUAUGGGAGUGGUCUGGUUCUGCUUAUGAUGAAGGAUCUGAAGCAGCCGAGUGGUUUUCCAGUUACUUUGGGAGCCCAAGUCGUCUAGUGCGUUUUAAAGAAGCAUCGGAAAUCAGACCGACCAAUCCUGACUUCGCUAAAGGUUACAAAAUUAUGUUUACAGAUUGCUUCCCGUUCCUGAUGGCCUCCCAGGGCUCAUUGGAUGCACUAAAUGAGAUUCUAAAAGAACCUGUACCAAUGAACCGUUUCAGACCAAAUAUUUUGGUGGAUGGAUGCCACCCAUACUCAGAGGAUCUGUGGAAAACCAUAAAAAUAAACAAGUUAACAUUUCAGGGCGUGAAGUUAUGCAACCGUUGCAAGGUACCUACCGUUAAUCAAGAAACUGGGAUACUUGGCAGUGAACCAACAGAAACUCUACUUACAUUCCGGUCUGAUGAAGUGCUACGUCCGAGCCACAAAAACAAACGGCAGGUGUACUUUGGGCAAAAUUUAGUCUGCAAGGAAUCUCUGUCAGCAAGGGGCAAAGGAAAGAUCAUCAAGGCUGGCGAUCCGGUUUAUGUCCUGGAGGAAUUCCCUUCUUCCGAUGAAGCUCCAGCAUGAGCAAGGGUAGCAACUACUUCACUAAAGCGCGUGUGCUGAACUAGGCAGUAAAUAGCUUGUUAUAUGUACUGUGUGUAAAAUCUUUGCAGCAAAAACGUUUGGGGAGUGUAUUUUUGCAUGAUUUAUUCAGAUUAGUACAAGAGUGGGUGACAGGGUUCCAUGGCAGUCACACGAAAUGGACUAGUGCUCAUUUGGGUAACAGCCACCUCCCGGGCCGGUUGGGUGACUUCCUAGGCUCCGUCACCGGUGUUUUCACUGGUGUUUUCACUGUAUUCAGUGGCGGAGUCACCUCUUGGGCAGGCCGAGCCACUAUCCGGGCUCCUUCAUCGGCGUUUUUACUGUAUUUGUAUAAUAACGUAUGUAAAAAUUUAUACAUCGCUAGAACGCAUAUAUAAUCGUCCGGAUUACAGGAUAUCACUGGCUCUGCCACUGUGAAUCUGUGAAUAGGAGUUUCUGUAGUCAAGAACAGUCAGAUUCAUCCUGGAGGAAGCACAUUUAU